CCGGGAGCCCCGAGGAGGAGCGGCCGCGGCGCGGUGAUGGGGCUCGGAGGGGAGCCCGGCGCCGCCUCCUCGCUUCUGGGCAGCAGGAGCCCCUCUUCGGCGCAGGGCAGCUGAGCCCCGCUCGCUGCCGAGCACGGGACGAGGUUUUACCGCUCGAUUUUCAGGAUCGCCGCCUCCAGCCCCGAGCGAGCCUCGGCCGCCGGCCGCGGAUUUUACGUCUGGUCCCCCCCGUCCGGGCGGAGGCUGCCCGGGAGGCUCGGCGGGGAGCCGGGAGCCUGGAGCCGGGCCGCGGAGUGCGAUGGAUUGAGGCGUGCCCGGCUGCGCCCCGAGCCCGGCCCCUCGAUGCGAUGGGCAAGCGGGGGCUCUUCGGCACCCUCUGUUACCUGAUGGUCAACGCGCCCCUGCUCUUCGGCGUGACCGCUACCUUUACCGAAGUUCCCAAAGAUGUGACUGUUAGGGAGGGAGAUGAUAUUGAGAUGCCUUGUGCUUUCCGAGCCAGCGGAUCCACCUCGUACUCCUUGGAAAUCCAGUGGUGGUACCUUAAAGAACCAGCCAGAGAACUUGCACACGAAUUAGCCAUCAGCGUCCCCGGCAGCAGGAGCAAGGUGGCAAACAAGGACGCAACGAAAAUCAGCACGGUGCGCGUCCAGGGCAACGACAUCUCGCACCGGCUGCGGCUGUCGGGCGUGCGGCGGCAGGACGAGGGCGUCUACGAGUGCCGCGUGGCGGACUACAGCGCCGACGAGACGCAGGAGCACAAGGCCCAGGCGCUGCUGCGCGUCCUGUCCCGCUUCGCGCCCCCCGACGUGCAGGCGGCCGAGGCGGUGUCGCAUAUCCAGAGCGGGGCGGCCCCGCGCCGACACGGCCCCGCCGCCAGGGCCACGCCGGCGCCCGGGCCCGGGCCCGGCAAGCGCCCGCCGCCGCCCCCGCCGCCCCCCCCGGCCGACGGGCGGCCCUCCGCCGCCAGCACCGCCGCCACGGCCUCCUCGUCGGCCUCGCCGCCGCCCGGGCAGGCCGCCAUCCUCCGGCAGCAGCACGGGUCAGGUACAGAACCUAUUUAUGCUACAGACCCACUCCUAUAUGUGUUCCUGUUAAUACUGCAUAAGCUUGUACAUUUGUUAGUAAACCACUGAUGGACUACUUCCUCCACUACUCGUCAGACAAACAAAAAGGAACCUAUUUAAAAACAGGACAAAUCCCUGGCAAAACAAUACCUACAGUUUUAAGGAUGGACAGAAAGAGACUGAAAGAAGCAUGAUAAAUUCUACAUGGGGGGAAAAACGUAUUUUUGGGGAUGUCACAGAAAGUAAACCACAUAAAAUACUGCAUCUAGUUUCCAGACUCUAUGGUGUAAAGCCCUGCUCUGUGCAUGGCACCUAUGAUUUCUCUAUUUUAAUGUAAUAUUUUUUCUUUUCUGAACCUUUCCUCUGACUCUUCAUUUUGCACGAACUGUUGAGCAGUUAUCUUUAUGACAAUAUGUAAAGAUGUUGGGUCAAAACCCUUCCUAAGAAAGGAAAUAUUUUUAGUAGAUUGUGUUUAGCUUUUUUUGGAUUUCCCUUUUUUUUAAUUAAAUU